UUGUUCUGACUUAGGCUAAACCAAGACUCUGUGCUCGACAGUCUAGAGAAUAGCUUAGUUACACCUGUAGGAAAUUGCUUCCUACAAACUUACUAUAUAACCUCACUCUUUAUUGUUAAUCUACGAAUCAAUCUGAUGGUUUUACGCCUUUUUUCAUGUGCUUGGUAACCAUUAACGUUCCGUAUUAUCAGUGAAAACUGUAACACCUCAUUCAUGACGGAUUGAUUGAUAUCACUUUUGUUAAAGACUAUACAAAACUAAUCACUCAGAAACUCAUUUGAUGUGUUUCCACACACAAGUCUAUGUUUCGUACGUGAUCUAGCUUUUGAUUAACAAUGUGUUUCUAAACCACCAAUUUUUUAGUUGAUUAGAACGAGUUGUUCCUGUUAUGUUUAUCUGAUUUUUCAAAGUCAAAAUGAUUUUGAUUGAGUAUUAGAUUGUUCUCUAGUUUUUAAAUAACAAUUCUGACUACUGGUGUGCCGUCAUCCUGUUAUACCUUUGGCACCGUUCUCUGUUAUACUCGGUGGAUCUUUAAAAUCAUAGGAAUACAUACCACUGGUAGAAAAUGAGUAACUUUUGUGUGGCGACAGAGCUGCUGUUGAAUAAAAUAUUUUUUUAUCAUCACUAGUAGGCCAGCAACUCGCGAUAACAUUGCAUUCGUCUUUACUUUCAUUGAUCCAAUGUCACUUAAUAACGACUAAAAACGUAUGCACUUAUUACAAUUAACUGACUAUAAUCACGUUUUCUCGACUAGAUGAGUGAUUGUUUGCAUACUCCUACUGAAAAAACCCAUUGACAUUGGUGGAUGUCGCGUACUGUACUCAGUGCUUUCAGUAUAGGAGUAACAGUUGGUAACUCCAAACUUCCUUUAUAUGAGUAUUUAAAAUUACAUUCACUAAUAAAAGGCUUAUACUUUUUUGUUAAACGUGUAGAAAUUAACAUGUGCAUUAACUAAUGUUCUGCAAAAUCCUGAUAUUGUAAACCACCAUUAAAAAGUGAUCCUGACUUAUUUAUUAACACGUUUUUAUCUAAUCUUUAAAAGUAGUCUCCUUAAGGAUGUAUAAAAAAACUACUUAACUCACUCAAAAUGGAGGUUAAUGAUUAAUGGAUCAUCUAAUGCUUCUUAGUUCCGGAAUCACUUCAUAGCAGUUGAGAGUAUCUCGCACUUAAUUUUCUCUCGCUUAAGAAACUACAACUCAUCUACUGUAGAAUAACUACUUAGUUGCUGGGAAGAAAUCUAGUUCCCGAAAAUAGUGUGACCAUGCCAAUCUUUUGCGAGCACAUCCGUGAUAAAAUAAUUGUCGUUAGUUCAUGCCACUUCCUCCAAAAUUACACGUGUAUAUGAGAGUCGAAGAAUAAUUUCCAUAAAGCUAUUUGUAACCGUGUAUCCCAAAGCUGAUUGAUUAUUCAUAUGACAUUGUCAUAUGUAAUACCUAAGCUAGUCUGUCUAGUGAUUUUACAUUUCAUUCCUCUGUCUGUCUGUUCCGGAUUUAACAUCCCCCAAGACAGCGUACAGUGAAGGAAAUCAAUCUUAAUUGUUCACAUUGAUUUGAGAUGAUUUUCUCUCAGUUAACUCCAACGCACUGCCGUAACUUCUAUUCACUAAAUUUCAGUAUAUCCCAGUUGUUUCAGUUAUUUGAUUCUCAAUAGACUUUCCUUGUAAUGAUUACUUCACUAUGAUAUUGUAUUCAGUGACAAUUACUUAGGUAACAAAACUCUGUCACUAAUAGUCACUGAAUCAAUAUUUAACUAAAUUAACUUGGAUGUAUUUAUUCACUCUCAUGACCCCAGUUAAUUUGCCAUUAAUUAUCUUAUUUAUUUGUUACUGGGUUUUUCGAUCGAGUUAAGGGCCUAAGGGAACUUUUAUCACAUGUUUUAUUGCGAAGUCGCAGGAAGAUAUAGGCUUUUAUUGCCUGUAAAAAUUACCUACCCUCCGGAUAGAAACAAUGUAUAUAGUUUUUAAAAUUUGCUACAUCUGAAUCUGCAAGUUUUGGGCUGAUUUUUCAUGUAUUACUAUCACUUGUUAUCAGUAUCGAAAAGCUACGAAUGUACCAUAAUGAUAAUAUAAAUAUGCAUAUUACUUUUUUCUUUUUCGGACAUUCCUAGUUACACCACACAACAAGGUUUAUGAUGGAAUUUGAAAAAAAUAUGGUGUUUCACUUUACUACUGAACUAAUGAAUUUCUUUUUGAUAACUUGAAAAAAUAUGUCAGCUUAUCGAAUGUAUCGUUUGCUUUAUCAAAAGUUUCAUUUCCAAAACUAUUGUAUAUAUAAUAUUCAGGGAAGAUUUUUCAGUAAAUCAGAUUUUAAAAUCACCACAUUAUUUGAAAAUGCAGCAAAGCAGGACAUUUCGAGAUCAUACAUUAACUCGGUUUUAUCACCAUUAGGUGAUUUUACUGUUUCAGUUAGUGAUUGUAGAGAUAUGAACAACAACUUACCUUCAACUCACUUAUCAUUUUGGUCUUGUCUUCUGAACUACACUAGUUAUCAUGAUUGUCCUGAAUUAAGAAGAUCAUUAACCAACUACAUUUUGAGCGAUAAAAACGAACAUAGCAAUGCUACAUUAAUGUGUACAUUAAAAUUGUUAGUCAUUCAAGAGCGUUAUACUGAAUUCAAAAGUUUGUACGAUUAUCUUUUGCUUCGAUCAAAUCCCGUAGAAAAAAAAGUUUUUCAAAACGAUAUAGCAAAAUCGGUAGCACGGACGCCGUUUUGGAGAGACACACUGGAAUUAUUAUUCUCUUCAGAAAUGAAAAAAUGUGAUAAUUCAGCAAUUUAUGAACAGAUGUGUUCUUCCGCAUUAAAAUUUGACACUAUCUCUUCUUUUUUUGAGUGCAUGCACAAACUAAAUAGUUCACCACGAGAAAAUGUUUUCUAUGAAUUUUUUAAUAAGUUAAAUGGGCUAGAAGAAGAAGAAUCUGUUCAUUUAGUCAGUCAGUUAUUUCAAAUAAUGCAAACACAUCGAUGGAUAAUUACUUGUGAGAUUGCUGAAUGUAUUCAACGUUGGUUUUCGAAUUUGAAGCAUGAACGUUGGUCAGGAGAUUUAUCUGCAUUUGUUAAUAGAGGCUAUUUAUGUUCAGUAUGUAGAAAAAGUCUACCACCGGCAGACAUGUCACAGUUCCAUUUUUCCCAAAUGGCUGAUACAUUUUAUGAAGCAGUGAUAAAGGGGACAGAUAUUGAAAGUUUAUAUCUAACAGCAACAUCGAAUGAAGUUAUGACUCUAAAACGAUUUGUUGAUUCUCAAAGUGAACCCUUAGAUUGUAUUAUCGAUUUUAUGAAUCUUAUGAAUAUGCGCAAAUUUCUCUUUUCCGAUUCGGCAGGAUUGCAGGUUGCUGAGGUUUUAAGACAGAUCAACAAAGAUUUCAAUCUCCGGCGUUUUUGUUUUGUCAGUAAAGGGAAUACAAUCUUACGUAAAUCAGAGUUUUGGAAUCCAAUUAAAAUGUUGGGAAAUCAGUUGGGUAUCUCUGUUCAAAAAUUCUGUACAAAUACUACGUCGGAAGACGAUGUAUUCCUCCUCUAUAUGGCAAUGAAGUCUGGGCCACAAUGUUAUAUAGUAUCUAAUGAUGAAUUCAAACAAUAUCGUUUUUCAUCAGGUCCAGAACUUGGAGAACAAAUUUCUCGGUGGCAGUCUCUCAGACAACUUGUACUACAACGUCGUGGUCGGAUAUACCAAAAACCCUCAAAGUGUGACUUGUGUGUACACGGUAACCUAGAAACCGGUUGGCACAUCCCUUAUUAUAAAGGGCACCACCAAAAAUUCUACACUGCAGUCGAUUCGUGGCUUUGUUUACAUCGUUUGAAAUAAAUUUUUGCGACA